AUGUGCCAUUCAUUUAUCGCAGAAACUGUAACCGAGAAUCGAAAUAAAGACGGCGGAAACAUUAGCAAACAUGCUGGAUACUACGCAGCAUGCAUGGUCUACGCAUCUUCGUUAAUUUCUAAUGUUGUGGCCCCACCUAUCGUCCAUGUGAUAGAAUGGUAUUUGUAUGGUGGAGCAAUAGCUGAUGGUUUGGUGGCAGGACUCAUGUGGACGGCCGUCGGUCAAUACAUGGCGAUGAAUUCCGAUGAAAAGACGGUUGGCAGAAAUAGUAGCAUGAUGUACAUGAUAAUUAUGUCGGGAACCCUCUGGGGAGGCGGGUUCCUCCUCGCAAUGUUUGGAGGGAAAGAUGAUCGAGAAAUUACAGAAUCUACACAGUACGUCCUCUACGGUGUUUUUACUGGGGUUUCACUACUUGGAGCCAUUAUUCUCUUAGUGCUACCAAAUCCCCCGACAAAUCCAAGCGAUGAGAAGAAGCUUGAAGCCGAUGGGGAAAAAAAUCACUGGGGAGAGGUGGCGGAAGAGUUGUAUAAAUCCGCUCGUCUCGUCAUUACAUUUGAUUUUCUACUUAUUGCUAUUCCAUCGGCGUUUACUGGCAUUGAGCUAUCGUUUUGGUCCGGCGUCUACCCUACCUCCCUCUCGUUUACGAAGCAAUUCCAUAGUCAAAUCAACACAAAUGUACUGAUUGCGUUAAAUUGUAUAGCCGUAGGAUGUGGUGAAUUACUGGGUGGUCUUAUUUUCGGUGUUUUUGGCCGAAAGGGUGCUAAAAUCGGCAGAUCUCCUUUUAUGUGGUUUGGGACUAUUUUAAGUAUAAUUGCUUAUAUUCUCGUAUGGCUAAAUAUACCUGGUCCGGCUUCAAUUGAUAAGACCUAUGAGGUCUCUACGUUCCAUCCAAAUGUGCCAAUUGCGCUAAUUUGCGGGUUCAUCAUGGGCUUUUUUGAUAACUGCAUUAAUUCGAUGAUAUAUGCGUAUAUUGCCGUGCAAUAUGAAGGACAGACCAAGCAGGCCUAUGCGCUUUCGAAGUUUUUCCACUCCCUGCUCGGCGCCGUGUGCCUUUUCUACGGCGGCAAAUUCACGAUCCAAACCCAACUAUCGAUAUUGUUAGUUGGGACCGUCGUCUCCGUCAUUUCAUUCCAAUACGGCGAGCUCCGAUUCAAACGGAAAAGGCGGUUAGCGGCAGCCACAAUUUCUUCAGACAACACGGGUGAAGAAUGGGACAAGUUU